AGUACCGUGAGUGAGUUAGAUGUCGAAGGACGGUCAGUUGUGUGUGCUCUCGCGCUUUUUUUUUUGUGGCAAAAUAUUUUUAUAAAUUUGUGAAUGUGAAAUUGUGAAUUGUAAACAAAUGUAAACUUCAAGAUGUAUUGAAGUCUUUUUCCUGCUUUUUCUGGUGAUAUGAAUUUCAAUGAGACAAAAAGACGACGAAGACGACAACAUCAAUCUUGAAUUUCCAUUUUUCAUCUUCAAGUAAAGUGAGGGUGAUGUGAAUUUGAAUAAGGAAAAUUGACGACAUCAAUCUAGGAUCAGAAUUCUAGGAUUUCAAUCAUCAACUUGAAAUUUGUGAGGGUGACGUUAAUUUAAAUGGAACAAACAGACGACCUCAAUCUAAAAUUUCCAUCAUCAACUGCCGGACAAAUAUAAUAAUCAUGGCGGUGUUAUUAAGACUUGGGCACUCAAAAUUAUCACCCUGUGGAGCCAUAACAGGAUUAUGUAAGAGUGUUAAAAAAACAAGUGUAAAUAUUAAUCAAAUUGCAUGGAUUACUGGUAAAGCAUUGAGAGAUGAUAGACCACCACGUCCAGCUCCAUUUGAUUGGAAAAAUAAAUCAUACGCUUUUUGGCAUGUAUGGACAGAUGCAAUGAUUGAAAGAAUGGAUGAUAAUUCAAAAAUUGUUAUUGUCGAAGGUUUGCCAGCUGUUGGAAAAGAAAAAUUUGCUAUGCAAUUAGCUGAUGAAUUGGAAAUGUUAUAUAUGCCAACUCCAACAUUUGAUGAUUAUCAUAUUGAUCCAACUGGUUUUGAUUAUCGUACAUUUAAUCCAAAAUUACCAGAUGAUGCAAAAUUUUAUGAUGAUAAAAUGUUUCAUGCUAAUCCAAAGGGACUUUUAUCAGCAUCAAUACAAAUGGGUUAUUAUUUUUUACGUUUUAGUGCAUAUAUUGAUGCAUUAACACAUGUUUUAUCAACUGGACAAGGUGUUGUUUUACAACGUUCACCAUGGAGUGAUGUUGUAUUUGCAAAAUCAAUGCUUACACAAGGUUAUAUGUCACCUGGUGCAUAUGAUUAUUAUAAAAGUUCAUUAGCAAAUAGUCUACAUCGUUUAUUAAGGCCACAUUUAGUUAUUUAUCUUGAUAUACCAGCUGAAAAAUCAUUGGAAAAUAUUAUGAAACGUGGUAGACCACAUGAAAAAAAUUCAAAAGGUGUUACUCUUAAUUUUCUCAAAGAUGUAGAAAAUAAUUAUAAAAAAAUACAUUUACCAACAAUUGCAUCACAUGCACAUAUGCUUAUUUAUGAUUGGAGUGAAGAGGGUGAAAUGGAUUUUGUUAUUGAUGAUAUUGAAAGUUUAAAAUUUGAAGGAUAUGGAAGAGAAGAUUCAAAAAUGGAAGAUUGGAGAUUUAGUAGUAUUGAUUGGAUGCGUGCUUACAGAGAUAUUUAUCAUAAUCAGAAGAUGGAAUUGAUGCAAACAAUGAUUAUAUCAAGGCUUGAUGUACCAGAAUUACUUAUGUCUGCUAAAAGUAUAGACAUUUUCCGUGAAUUACAAGACGAGCUAUUUGAAAAACGUCCAGGCUCUAAAUGGGCUGAUGGAUAUGAUCCAGCAACCAAUAAUAUAUGGUUCAAGACAACAUUUUCGAGAGAAAGUUAUCCAAGCCGAGCUAAACUCAUUGAAGGAUCAAAAUAAAUUUUUUUUAAUCCAUCAAUAUUAGUUUAAAAAUAACAUAUUAUAAUAAUUGUGGAAUUUUUCAUUGAAUUACUAAAUAUCAGUAGAAACAAUACUAUCGAAAUAAAAUUCAGAAAAAUAUUACACAU